CGGGGCGAGCUCCCCGCGCGGGCCCGGCGGGGCUGAGGCGAGGCGCGGGAGGGACCGGGGGCCCUGCUGCGGUGCCCCGAGGCCGGGGAGCUGCCCCGAGGCCGGGGAGCGGCUCCUGCGAGGCCGGGGAGCUGCCCCGAGGCCGGGGAGCUGCCCCGAGGCCGGGGAGCCGCGCCCGGGCGGCCCCGCUGCCCCUCGUCCCCGCGCCAUGGAGCGGUACGAGAAGCUGGGCAAGGUCGGGGAGGGCUCCUACGGCGUCGUCUUCAAGUGCCGCAGGAAGGACACCGGCCAGGUCGUGGCUAUUAAGAAGUUCCUGGAGUCCGAGGAGGACCCGGUGAUCAGGAAGAUCGCCCUGCGGGAGAUCCGCAUGCUGAAGCAACUGAAACACCCCAACCUGGUGAACCUGCUGGAAGUGUUCAGGAGGAAGCGGAGGCUGCAUCUGGUCUUUGAAUACUGUGACCACACAGUUCUCCAUGAGCUGGACAAGCACCCCCGGGGGGUGCCGGAGUAUCUGGUGAAGAGCAUAACCUGGCAGACCCUCCAAGCUGUGAAUUUCUGCCAUAAACACAACUGCAUCCACCGAGAUGUAAAGCCAGAAAACAUCCUGAUAACAAAGCACUCGGUCAUCAAACUUUGUGACUUUGGAUUUGCCCGCAUACUGACUGGCCCCAGUGAUUAUUACACCGACUACGUGGCUACCAGGUGGUACCGCUCCCCGGAGCUGCUGGUGGGAGACACGCAGUACGGCCCCCCCGUGGACGUCUGGGCCAUCGGCUGCGUCUUUGCAGAGCUGCUCUCCGGGGCCCCCCUCUGGCCUGGCAAGUCUGAUGCUGACCAACUGUACCUGAUCCGGAGGACCCUGGGGGACCUGAUUCCCAGGCACCAGCAAGUGUUCAGCACCAACCAGUUCUUCAGCGGGGUAAGAAUUCCAGACCCGGAGAGCAUGGAACCACUGGAAAUGAAAUUCCCUCAUAUUUCAUGUUCUGCUUUAGCUCUCAUGAAGGGUUGCCUUCGUAUGGACCCGGCAGAGAGGCAGACGUGUGAGCAGCUGCUGCAGCAUCCCUAUUUUGACAGCUUUAGGGAGGUGGCAGGUCUGGGGAAAGAUCAUGAAAAAAAGGCUCGGAAACCAGCCAGGCUGACUCGGAAGCACGUGCCAGGGUUACAGUACCUGCCCCAGCUCACCAGCAGCAACGUUCUGCCAGCUGUGGAUGGCAAGAAGUGCUGCUGCAAAACAAGGAACUCUAACUACCACUUCCCCAACAUCUAAGGGAUGGCAGAUUAAAAACAAUCCCUUGUGCAACACUUGAGUCAUUCGGGAUUGAUAAAAGGAGGAUAUGUGGUGGAAAACUAAACUCAUACCUGUUGUGACACAGCCAGAAGUGGUCUGUGAAGUACUUGGGGCCACUGAUGGAAGGGAAGGGAUGCUUUAUCAUCCUUCCUAGCAUUAUGACAUGGUUUUUACUUGCUGUUUCUGUCCAUAGUGAAGUCAUUUGCCCAUAGUGUUACAGAAAUUGUUUUCAUCAAAACUAAUUCAUUAAUAUAAUUUAUAACACUGGCCAGACACAGGCAGAAAUCCUGCCUGAGCAUCUGUACUAGAAUGAUUCUUUGUGUAAUCUCACAACUUAAUAUUGUGUUGGUUUCGAAUAAAGGAAAUGUAGCUUGUUUUUCCAAUUUA